AUGGCUGAUACUUCUAUUAUAGCGAAGCUGGACACUUUGGUGGCCGAUGUUUUAGCUGACUGGAACAUCUACAGUACUGUUUUCGCCGGUAUUGUUCUUGCCUUUGCUGUGUACUCUGUCGCCUCGUCCCAGGAUCCAGAUGUCCACCCGUUCCUUCUUGCCCGCCAAUCCACUGCAGCCCCAAUUCGCCAGCAAGGUGAAUCUGCCACCUACAGAGGUUUGGAAACUCCGCACGGCUUGCCGCUUCGAUUUGGAUUGAAUGUCAAGGAUCCGGGCGCGCCGAAAUGGACCGGUGGCCGACGAGGAGAUCUCCGCGAUAUUUGGAAGACAGCUGUCCGUGGAGCUUUAAAUGAAGACGGUACCAUCUCCGGAAAGCAGGGCAAAAUCUACACUGUCUUAGGUAGACAGGCUAUUGAGCACUCGUUGGAUCAGGUCACCCAAGAAAUCAACGUUAUUGGUCAUCAUCUCCAAAAUGCCGGUGUGAAGACUGUGGCUGUUUGUCUUACUGACUCCGUCGAGCUUUUGGCUGCAAUCUUUGCUGGCGCUUUCUACGGAUACAAGACCGUCCUCGUACCGCACAACCUUCCCGCCGAGACCCUAUCAGCGCACUUGAAACAAGCAGAAGCAGAUGUUUUGAUUGCCGAAGCUGGCUCUCUCGAUCUCUCUCUUAUCAGCAAGGAUAACACGCAACUUUCGCUUGUUCUCUGGGUUGUCAAGUAUGGCAACCGACACAUGGAUUGGAACGAGGCCCCCGGUAGCGUCAAGGGUAGCUUGAAGGUUGCAGUUUGGCAUGAACUGGUCGAGGAGUUCAAGGACCUUGCCAAUUAUGAAGUUCCCGAAUAUGACCCAAAAACAGAGACCCCUGCUGUUAGUACUGUUUGGCCGUCUUCCUCUCAGUCUGGUCAAUUCAUCGACUUCAAGCCGGAGAACUUAGUGUCUGCUGUUGGAGCGAUCAUAUCCGCGCUCCCUCGUACCCAGCGCUUUGGCUCAUCCGACAUCGUUCUUUCAAUCGACUCUCUCUCCCGAUCGUAUCCGCUCUGCACAACCAUGGCUGCACUGUUCUCCAAUUCAUCCAUCGCCCUCAACUCUGUCGCCGGAGAGCAAGUCGACUUUGCAUUGGCUACUGUUGGUGUGUCUCCUACGGUCAUUGUUGCUUCUUCACAAACCAUGUCCGAAUAUCACGAUCAAAUCAUGCGCCCGCAUACCGGUUUCAUUUCCUCUCUCGGACGUUGGUUGCAAGCACGAACUCUAGAGGCAGGAACCAUGCCGACACGCAACUUCUUCAGUCAAUUAGCUCGCAUUGGCCCGACUGCUGAGCUCUCGCUAGAUAGACUGCGUCUGCUUUGCAUCACUCAUCGUAUCGAUGCUAGCCCUGCCGCUCAUCUCACCUCUGAGCAAUUGACCGAACUCAGAAUCUUCACCGGAGCUCGUGUGGUGUAUGCUUUAACCGGACCCGGUAUUGCUGGUGCGAUUGCGCAGACAAACGCUUUCGAUUACAGAACCCUCACCGGACCAAGCCAUUUCGGCGCUCCAGUGAGCAGCACCGAGAUCACCCUGACCAACGUUCCCGAGGGCUCUCCCGAUGGCGCGGAAGAGGGACAGCUCACCGUUUCAGGUCCCGCUGUUGUCGGUGGUACCACUUCUCUUCCAGGCCGAGCCCGCAUCAGCAAAGAUAACACCUUGGAGCUAUCCGUCUAA